AUGAAACAACAACGAAUCAAAACUAAAAAAAAUAAAGAUAUUCUAAACGUACAGCUUGAACUAAAAUGCAGUUGUCCACCUCUAACAAAUCAUUCCAAUAUACAAUUUUCACGCCGAUAUCUUCAAUGUCACAGUGCAAUGCCUGUUCGUGCUCUACGAUUAUUCAUCGAAUCCACACUGCCUUAUUCACGUAUGAUCAAAAUCUCAAUGUAUGACGCCAACGAUCGCUUAUUAAAAGAUUCCGAACGUCUUUGCUCGCUUAGACAAACACUAUCUGCGACGAAUUAUAUUCCUGUCUACUUCACUCUGCUUAAUACCGUUACGUCAUUCGCAAAUUGUUCUUGUAUAUCGCCCCCAAUCGAAUGUGAGCCAUCAUCAACAAUCAUUCAAUCGAGUGUAAUCGAACAAAUCCUAUCGACUUGCACUGUUAUCACUCGGCCGAUUUCUACUGCAGAUAUUUUCAGACCGUUGCCCACAGAAUCAAAUAUCGCUCUUGAUCCAACGACGAUCGAUCAAAUAAUGAUGGAAUACGGUGAAAUAUGUCCGUCAUUGCCUAAUCUAAAACGAUGUUCAAGUAUUCAAGACUAUUCAAUGGACGUUCCACUGGAUCUCAGUUUGAAAAAUCGUGCAAUACAGUGGAUCACAACCUAA